AGUGAUAAUGAGUGUCAGCUGUACGCGCACCGGUCCCGCAUGCCUCACGGGGAGCUAGGGAGCAUAAGAGGACGAGCGACGGGACUGCCGACGAGAGAGGACCGGGCCCGGAAGUUAAGUUUGUUUAUGUUCGUGUGGCCGGCAGUCGACCGUGAGGUGGCUGCCGGCCUUUUAUUUGCUGAAUUAUUGUUUGUUUAUUUUGUAUUAAAGUUUGUUAAAUGUUCGCCGGUUCCCGCCUCCUUCCUUCCCUUCUAUUGAACCUUGUUACAACGAGUUAUUACGGCAAUCCGUGUUCUAGGUGUAGUACGGUAAGGAAAACCCUAGUGCAUGCCCAGAAUGAGUAACGGGACUUCUGGUGCGAAAUGCAAAGACAAUCCACAUAAACGGAACUACGGGAGGAUCAGAGAAAAUGUUGAUCAUCUCACAGAUAAAAGUGAAGAAGUAUACAACUGAACGGGCACUGGAGGUGUUGUUGGACACUGAUAGUUCAGAUGGCGAUUCUUCGGACACUUCGUGGAGAGAUUUAAGGCACAGGUCUCCUCCGUUCCGACGUGCGAGAGAGAAGAGAGGUAGAACACAGCAACACGGCAGAGGUUGGACACAUGAAGCACAUCAACAUGGUCCUGCUGAGGACCGGACAUGGGCCGCUGUGAACCAUCCUGAACCAGCUGAAGAUCCAGAACCUGUUAGUCACGAGUGGCAUGAAAUGAACUGGCAGCCAAAAAACCUUACCUUCACUGAAAAUCCUGGGCCUGUCAGUGAUGCUGCUGCUCUUCAUUCAGUAGAACCUAAAGACUUUAUUGAACUGUUCAUUUCUGAUGUAGUGAUUCAGAACAUUGUUGAUCAGACCAACAUGUAUGCAGAUCAGUGCAUUCAGGCUACGGAUGGUUCUUCACAACAUGCUAGAAUUCAUGCAUGGAAGCCUGUCACAGGUUCAGAAAUGAAAACCUUCCUGGGGCUGUUUUUUCUCACUGGUAUCAUUUAUAAGCCCGAACUUGAUAUGUACUGGUCCACAGAUGAAAUGGUAGCUACCCCCUACUUCAGCAAGGUCAUGUCUCGCAACAGGUUUGAAAUCAUAUGGAGAUUUCUUCACUUCAAUGAUAAUACAGCAAGGCCAGCCAAUGACACUGACAGGCUGUACAAAGUCCGCCCCGUCUUAGAUUACCUUGUGUCCAAAUUUCGUGAAAUGUAUCAGCCAAACACAAACAUUUGCAUCGAUGAGGGUAUGCUUCUUUGGCGGGGCCGCCUAGCUUUCAGGGUGUACAAUCCUAAAAAACCCAUCAAAUAUGGAAUAAAAUCCUACAUCUUGUGCGAUUCUGAAACGGGGUACUGUUUCAACAUGAAGCCCUACUGUGGAGAAAGUGCUCCCCUGAAAGACACCGUUGUCUCUCUUCUUGAUCGCCUAGCAGGUCAUGGCUACAGAUUAUUUAUGGAUACUUUUUACAACUCUGUGCCACUGUGUAAGCACCUACUUGAUUUGAAAACCCAUGUCUGUGGUACAAUUAGGAAUAACAGAGGUGAACCACCAGUCAUUCGAGAUCUCAGAAAUGCUGACCUUAGGAUUGGGGAAACAGUCAUGCGUCACAGUGAAAAUGUGAUGGUCUUGGCAUGGCGACACAAACAAACAGCGAAAAUGGUCACAACAUGCCAUGAGAACAACACAGAAGAAGUUGAGUUAUGGCAGAGAGGCCACCGAGACAAAAUUGCAACGCAAAAACCAGCAUGCAUUGUGGAAUACAAUAAUGCAAUGAAGGGAGUUGACAAAUUGGAUGAAAAUAUUGGGUACUACCCCUUUGUACGGAAGUCACAGAAGUGGACAAAGAAAUUUGUCACGUAUCUGUUGCAGAUCAGUUUGUUCAAUGCUUUUGUGAUUUACAAAGCAAAAAACCCACAAGGUAAUUGUAAAAGUCUCCUCUCUUUCAUCCAGAGUGUUGUAAAAUCAUGGACCAGCCAAGAACAGGCUGGUGGUGGGGAAGAAAGAGAUGACCCUCCAGCUGAAAACACUCCUAGAGCACCAUACAACACUGACCCUAUAAAUAGGGUGAAUGAACUUUUUGCCGUCCAUGCACUUGUUCCGAUUACUUCCACUUCCAAAAAGCAACGCCCGACGAGAAGAUGCAGGGUUUGUACACGUAAGGGUUUGCGAAGUGAAACCUCGUUGUACUGCAAAGGUUGUUGCGUCCCCUUACAUUCUGGGAAUUGCUACACGGUCUACCACUCAAAGAUAAACUACAGUGCCUAAAUUUGAUUUACUGGUAUUUUUUCUCUUGUGACAUCUGAUUGUAUUUUGGUUGAAAGUGCACUUUGUUUAUAAAAAUGCAUUUUCUCAGUUUUUUGUUCAAAAUGUUGUAUUUUUGAUGAAACCUAUCUGCAUUUCAGUGGUGAUAAAACAUGAACACAUGAAGCAGAGGCUUGGUUCUUUAUUUUGAUAUAUAUUAUGUUCAAAUACUCUGUGGGCCGUAAAAUUUUGGUGAAAAUCCUCAAGAAUGCUGGCGGUGGCUGGCAACUUAAAAAAAAAAACGCUGGUGGGGGAAAAGUUGAGAUGCAACGUUAGACCUGUUUCGCUUCUACUCUCUGAAUAUUGUGGAUUUUAAUAUAGUUUAUUGCCCAAUAAAGAUGUCCUCAUUUACAUUGUCUGACCAAAUCAACCACUACAAAUGCCUUAAAACGGCUAUUUUUGUUUUAUUCUUUCCCACCGUGCAUGGGCAGCAUCUGUCUGGGUAACCAUGUGCUUACAGACGAACUGUGUUCAUGUUUAUAUAUCCAAACAGUGGAUAACGGUGGCAGGUUUUGGAAACGCAGUUUUGCCCUCUUUUAUUCACGUGUCGGUCGCGGUACGGUGAACUGAAUGUGCUGUUUCUCUCUCCCGCAGUACUGAUGACAGUUUCCAACUGAAUAAAGCUAAGGUUUAUCCGAAAAGACGCUAGCUUUGGUGUUAUGUGCUUCUUCUAAAUCUGCUAAAUCUAGUGAAAGAGAUGCUAAUUUAGCAACAUUGGCCGGACAAAUUAGGAAUGAAUGGGAAACAAUGCGUCACUUAGAAGUGUAGCCGAGGCAAAGAGGAUUUUUGGUGUGGCGACGCACCGCGGCAAAGUGAAUAUAGCGGAAACACUUUUAUUUUAUUUUACAGGUAAAUUCAAUAUUAAAUUUGAUUUACAUCAGGACUUCUUUGACAUUUCUAGAACAUUUUAACAAAACUGUGAUAAUACUGAUAGUUGCGAAAAAAAUGUUGGUCACUAUAACCGUGAUUUGAAAUGUUCAUUCCGUUUCAUCUCUAGUACUACCGUAUCAGUUCGAGCCGGAAUCUGAUCCUGAAAAUGCAGAAGACCAAGAUGAUCCAUCAACUCUGCAAGCACGACUUGGGCAGGACGUAAAAGACUGGUGCAAAUGUGAAAACUGUAUUAAAAUGCCCAGUGAAGUUGAAAAUGUAUGCUGCUUGGAAGUACAAAAGGUUGUGAGACGAAUGAAUCAGGUGUCAGGUCCUUUAAAAUGUGUGACGCACCACCCAGGCUUCCAGACGAUCUGUUUAAAUCCUUACACCCUCCAGAACAUUAAUAAUAUUUACAUGGCUGAUUAUGGACCUGUGAGGCGUAGAACAGAGGAAGAGCGGUACAGAUUUCUCGCCCAUCAAAGCUUCGUAAGCUGGUGCUGGGGCUUUUUAGGACGGGAAGUCAGAGUUGUUCUCCCGUCCUGCGCUGUGCUUCGGAUUCAACAGGAGUUCCCUGAUCCUGAUGGACAGUUUGUAGGCUUUCGACCACCCCUUGACUGAAGCAACAACUUCAAACUGAGAGGACGGGGCGCAGGAAUGGGGAUUUGUUUUAAUUGUUCAGAUAAAUAGUCUGUAAAUAUAGGGUACAGAUGGAUAUUGUAGAAAAAUAUAUAAACUGUUGAUCCACACCCAACAGACUCGAAACAAUCACAUGCAUCACUACAUGUAAAUUGUAUUUGUAAGGGCGUGACAAUAAACAUAUUUUCUAACAU